AUGAGUAACAAAGCGAGCAUCGCAAAUAUUCUCAACGCCGAUACGUCCAACACUUCCAAUAAUUCGGAUCAUAGAUCUUCCGUGCCAAACAAUCAUCGAUCAAAUCAAACUUUACCGGCCAUAAGUGAUGUAUUCUCAGUUGUUCCUAUUAGUUAUCCAGGUGGUCCGCAGAUUCAAUUAGUCCCUGAUGGUGAUUUAGCAAACUUUAAUCGUGCAAAUUCAAUGAUCUUGAAUCAUGAAGUUUUGGAUGCAAUGUCCAUGAAGACUGCUGCUGCUGCUGAAGCUUAUAAUAUGGCUGCUGAUUCUUGGAGGCGUGCUUCUCAAACUUUAUUCGAAUAUGAAAGCAGUUUUGAAAAUCAAAAUAAACCAAAGAGAAAAUAUAAGAAAAAAUUAUCUCGUGGUAAUUCUGGUUCUGAUGCUGAUAAUAGGAGGAUGCAACCUCAUGAGAGGCUUAAACGACCGAGAAACGGUUAUAUGAUUUUCAUGAAUGAAGUAUAUGAAGAGACAAAAGCAAAAAAUCCGAGGAUGAAGUUUGGUGAAAUUUCUGCUGCUAUUGGUGCUAGAUGGAAAAAUAUGUCUAAAAGAGAAAAGAUGCCUUAUCAUAAAAAACAUGAAGACGAAAAGGCCAUGUAUGAAAGUGCAAAGCUUGCGAUGUCAAAGAGCAAUUUAUGUAUCGUUGAAGAAAAAAUUCCUAUUCAGAUUGAACAAAAAGCUAAUUCGAAGCCUCCCCCACCUCAACUACUAACUCCAAAAUCUCCCGCCGCGACUUUGAAGACCCCAAAAUCUUCUUCCUCAGUUACGAUUAAAUCACAAUCGACUAAAAAUACACCUGAAGGUUUUUCAGGUGAUAUCAUUUCUCCUUCUCCAUCUAACGGAUCUAAUAUACCAUUAUUAUCAACUCCGUUAACUCCACGUGACCCACGUUCACUUCAGUCUUCGCCAACCACUCCUACGUUACCAUCGAUGAUGAGAAAAUUUCCUAUAAACAAGCCUGAUAACAUAAAAAAAUCAGAUCCAUAUCGACAGGUAUAUAUAAAUCGUCAACAAAAUGUCAGACAAUCUGGGGGUACCGUUAUUCCCGUUCCGGACGCUUCCAUUAUGAAUUCUCAAUCUUCUAGAAGCCCUCAGAAUAGUGGUAUCCGUAUCGUGAGGUCCGAUAUAGAUUCAAUUUCUAAGAGCCAAUCUUAUAAUAAAGGAAAAAAAGUUGAUAUCGAUUUUAAUAAAUUAUCAAAAAAAAAAAAGGCCGUUGUGACAUCACAAUCACAACAGGAAACGACCUUGACUCGAGGUGACAAGAAAAGGGUAAAACUUGAUCGUGAUGAGCUCAAGGUAUCAUCUACAUCUACGCAACCGUCUAAUUCAUCAAAAUCAUCAAAACAAUCGAUCAUGAAUGCUAUGGAAUCAUCACGAGAUGAGGUAAAUCAAACCAUGGAUGGAGAUGAUAUUUCAAUAUACGAAGAAACUUUUUAUUCCGCAGAAGAAGAUAAUGAAUGCACUGAAAAACCUUCAUCAACUGAUGUAAAUGCUAAGGGUGAUGAAAUUUCUAAAGGUUCUUGUGAAUCACUUAAAACUAAAGACCGUUCAUCCGACAUUUUCUCCUCAACAUCUGAAAAUUCUCCCACUUCUCCCAAGAUUCGACCAACUCCUUUAAAAAAGUCCAUUGAUUCUGUUAUACCAAAUACUAGAUGGUAUUUUCCAUAUGUUGGAACAAAGACAUCACCACCUGGAUUAUGUCCCUUUAGAAAAAGAAAGGUAAGAGUUGAAGACUCGGAUGAUGAUGACAACUUUGAAACAAAUAAGUAA